AUGGCUUCAACAAAUAAAUCAUCCACUGUGUUAGGGGCUAUAGAUAACCUCUUACUCCGAGUUGGCGCGGCGCUGCCAUCCUCAGACCCUCAGGAUAUGCAUGCCUAUGCGACAAGGGCACCAUCUCAGCAAUUUCUUAGAGAGAUCCUGGAUGUGACCCAGUCAGUGUCUAAUGCUCUAGUAACCAUGCUACCGGUUUCCGAUUCCAAGAUUAUUUCCUUGCUGAAAGAACAUGCCACACACGAUCAAGUUGUCUUCGAGCGUCAAGAUCUGAGUCAGCGGGCGGGCGAGCUUUUACCUGACCAGGGUCAUCACUGGGUUGAGGAUAUUCCGUUGGAUCCUAAACUUCGUCCAGAUUUUAUCCUAUCACGAGCUGAAAUAUGGGCCAAGAGUGCCAAAAUGGAAGUAUAUCAAAGCGAUGAGAACGGCCAAAACACCCUCACUUGUGCGGGCUCCGCAGUUGUCCUGGACCUCACGUUUGAAAAAUCAGUUGCAGGAGCCGACCAUCAUUCCAUUCGACUCGUCUCGUUAAAAUCGUCCUAUCCCACAACAUCAGAGUCCGCCCCGGUAACCCAGCCACCUAACACCGUGGAAGACCUUCUUGGGGCCGAUAUCACUGCAUACAUUAAUGAGGUUACUAGAGAAGGUGCUGAUGCCACAAAAGCUGCCCAGUUGGCAUGGCGCGUUAUGGCGCACAUACGGUAUAUCAUGCUUUUAGAUUCGCAGGCUGCUCAAGAGGCCAAAAAUGGGGGAACCGGCGCGCGAUGGUUUGCGGAGGUCGGGAUACUGUCUCCCAAAGUAAUAGAUCUGGCGUGUCAGGAAGCAGCAGGACUUGCCAGCCAAUUAGGGGCCCCCAAAGCACCACUUGACAUAUUCUUACGACGUGCUCAUGCGUUUCCGCUGAUCAACCUCAAUUCUCCUAGCAUCUCAUUCCUAAUUGGCAUGACUCCUAUAUCGUACCUGAGCCUUCUCAAGGCGUCCACAAACCAUGUCGAGGGUCCCCCCUCAGACCCCCAGCCUAACAUCGACAUCCCAAACAAUCUGUUACGGCGAUUUGUAGCCCAGCAUCCUACGCCGCCUGGCAUUACUACCUGCAAUUUGAUCGUUGUAUCUGGCAAUCAGUCUAAUUCUGAACCCACUCACCCCACACCUCCACGUAUACCAUACUUCCCACUCCUGGGUGUCUCAUCCAUGCCGUCACAAUCCCACGCAUUUCCAUUACCUGACGGAGAUAGCUCGUGGGUACUAGACUUUGGCGCCAAGGGACUAGUCAUGCGACGCAGUGCGAUGCAAGCUCUAGUGCAAGCUUUAGGACAUGUGGGUGACAUUGAUGUCACACUCUCUGGUAUGGGAUUCAUGAACCUCGGCAUGGGCCUGAUAAGUGGAGAGAAUCCUGGAUGGGUCAGCAUGCUGCUUCAGAAGCGUUCUCGAAUAAUAACAGAGCAUCUGUACACGACACAAACGUCACCCAACCGAUUGUACCCUCCUAUUCAUUUGACACUCCGAGUUCCUAAUGAAGCAGGAUUUGUACUCGGGCGAGUACGAGUACGGAAUAUGGCCGAAGUAUGGACGAUACUGGAGAUCGUUCGGGAACAAUGUUGGCUGAACAACACGAUUUCAUCCUACGUCUGGGAAGAAACACCCCAGCACACAGACACUUUGGAGGCGCCAGGACUGGAAAAUCUGCUUUCUGGAAAAUUCCUUUCGAUUCCUACACAGAUGAACAUUUCUACGGGGUCAGCGCCCUUGUCCCUUCUACUUCAAUUCCCCGUUCCCUGUAAAGGUGGCGUACCAUCUGUGGUUCAGCUCAUGGCUUCAUACGAUCCUACUGCACCACGAGGCACUCGCAUUCAGUUUGGUGCCCUCGACUCCAAACUACCUGUCACUGAAACUCUGGGCCAAUUCGAGAACCAGGUUGACGAGGUUGUGAGAAGGGCGGGGCCACUGGCUGCUGUUGGCUGGCUUCAUGCUCAACUAAAGGCCAAGGCCUUUCAGGCUGUCCAAACUGCUCUUUCAGGCCGCCAAGAUGUUGUGAACCCUGCCCGACUUUUAUCCAAUUUGGACGACGAUCAAACCUACGUUCCUUUUCGUUCCUUCAUUUUCAUUCCUUAUCGUCGUCGUACAUCAAAGCUGAUGGAGUCGAGAGACUCUGAGACUCUAAGCGAAUGGCCGCCGAGCGAUGAGAAGGCUCCGAGAAAAGCAUUCUCACUCGCGCCGGACAUGCUUUCUGUUUAUUUUGAUCAUCAGGGUCCCAGAGACGAACCAGCCAGCGUCACCGUCGAGGAAGUGGAGACUCGACUUCUCCCGGAUUUUUCAGAGUCCCACUUUGAAACAGCUACCCGUAGACCCAGGACGAGAGAGAACCGAGACCUAAAGAUUACUUCUAGCCCCUCACGCUUUACACACAUAGGAAACGGAUGGGAACUCAGUAAUUGGGGUUCGGUAUCUUGCCUCGAGCUUACACCAGGACAAAUGCUCCAGGCGCAUGCUCGUAUAAACAAACCUGAACGACAGAUGGGUCAAUUUCGAUCCAGCUCCUUAUCUGGAAAUGGGAUCGUUGGGUCUGCUUUUUAUACAUUCCCUGCGAUGGCGGCGGUGGCUUCAAUAUUCUCGCCCAUCUCUCUGCUCGUUGCAUGCCUGAUAAUGACGAUAUAUCGACCAAUACUUCUGGAACUUGGUAGCGCUUUUAGGCUGAACGGGACCAACUAUGUUUAUCUAUUGCAAUCUUCUGGAAGAACACUUGCGGCGAUUGGUGCUACCACUACAUUAAUCGAUGCUGUGGCUGCAAGUGUUGUCAGUGCAGCCGCUGCGGGAGCGUACGUCAAGGGGGAGUUUCCGGAAAUACCCGCAACUGACCACACCAUUGGAAUUUAUUUGUUGGUAUUGAUCGCCCUUUUCGCUUUAUUCACACUUCGUGAAAGCGGUAAACUGACUUUGGUCAUUACUAUCAUUCAUAUGGUUGUAAUGGCAGUGCUCAUGGUGGGAUCGACCAUCGCGUGGACACAUACCGGCACAGAUAUGAUACGCCAUAAUUGGGAACUACGACCAACGGGCGCGGCCAGGAUAGCCCGUUCAAUCUACAUCGGGGAUUUGAGUGCUCACCUGGGUAUAUCAAAGCAUAAAGCCUGGGUCUUAUGGACAGGCCCUUCGAAACUUGCUCAUCAUGUCUCUGAUCCUGAAUGUUCCGUUGGUCCUGCUGUGUCUCUUGGGAAGCCAAUGAGGGUCGUAAUUGUGGUUGACUGUUUGCUCGUUUUUUCCGUUGGUAUAUUUGCUGGAGUUGUUACCGGGUGUAAUCUUGUUGAAGCUCUAGCUCGGGAGAGAGUACUUCCUCAGUUGUUUCUGCACCCACUUCCUGCAAUGGAAGCUACAUAUCUGCCCGUCAUCCUGUUUGUUGUCAUCUCCAUAGCUGUCUAUUUUUCGUCAGCUUUCUCACUCUCGACCGUUUCGACUAUGGUUUCAGCGGCAUUCGUGUCUACUAUGCUCCUUUACAGUACAUCUUGCCUUUUACUCAAGUUCUCGUUGGAUAGAUUACCAAGGGCAUACAAGUCAUCCAUGUGGACCGCAGUACUGGGUAUCAUAGUAAUGUUGGCCAUCCUAAUAGGAAACAUUAUCCAAGAUCCUCGAACGCUAGGAUUAUUUGCCAUAUGUUUCACGUUGACACUGCUGGGAAUUUUACUUCCUAGCUCCCGUUUGAAAGUGGCGCGAAUAAUGCUGUGGGCAAUGGACCAGACUAAAAUGUUUCGGGGGUGGAAACUUGACCGUUUGGUCGUUCGCUGGAUGAAACAUUUCCGAAAACAUCCCGUCGUCUUCUGGGUCAAAGACGAGCAUAUUAAUCAUUUAAUGCGAGCUGUGACGUAUAUCCAAGACAACGAAAUCACUGACCGUGUGAUUGUCGCACAUGCUUACACGGACGGGAUGAUUGUACUCGAGCUUCAGGCAAACAUCCGACUUCUCGAGGAACUUUUUCCGUCUGUAACCAUAGAUCUUGUAUUUGUUCGCGGAUCUUUUAGUCCGGUGAUAGUAGAAGCAAUCAGCGAAGCGCUUUCCGUACCUCGCAGUAGGAUGUUCAUGUCUUGCCCAGGGAAAUCCCACCCUUGGCAAAUUGGUGACUAUAGAGGAGUACGACUAAUCAGAUUUUGA